AUGACUCAAGUAGGUAGAAGAAGAUUAUCGUUAUUCUCAUUUGGUUCAAAAGAUUCUAAUUUAGAUCAUAAUCCAUCAACUUCACCUUCGGGAUCUCAAGAUUAUUCAGUACCUGAAAAUUCUGAGAAGUUCCCACUUUCAGAAAAUGGUGAAUCUGAUACAAAAUCUGACACAAAAUCUGAAGAAGAUUUACAUAUCUUCGAAAGAUCAGUUCAAGAUCAAAUUCCUCCAUUAUUGAAUUCGAGAAGACCAACUAUGACCAAAUUAAAAUCAAGAAAUUCUUCAAUUUCUUUAUCAACAUUCAAAACUGAAGAUUAUGUUCCUCCAGCUUUAGAUGCCACUACAUCUAUUAUUGCCGAUUCUAAAACCAAUUUAGAUGAUGUAGAAAUGAUUUAUAGCUCAAGAAGAAAUUCUUCAGUCAUGGGAUUAAAUAUGGCUUUGGGUAGAUCUCCAUCGUCUCCUUCGAGAAAAAAUUCUGUUUACUCAAUGUCCCAAUUAAAUAAUUUACCUGCUUUGAAUGUGAAUAAUGUCAAUCCAACUAAUUCAACAAUGACUCAAUCAAAUUCUGUAAAUCAUCCAAUUUCACCAACUUCUCCACCAAAAUUAACAAGUUCAAAAUCUUCAAUUUCAUUUUAUUCAUAUGCGGAUUUAUUGAAUAAUGAUGAAUUUGCUAAAAGACCAACUUUCAAUAAUUCUUAUUCUCAAAGUUUUAUUCCAACAAGAAAGAGUUCAGUAUCAUCAAAAUUACAUUCGAAUUCUCAUCCUCAUUCUCCUUCAUUACCUUCAAAUCAAUCAUUUAAUAAUAGAAAAUUUAAUUCUUCUUUGAAUAAAUUUUUAAUUUCUCCUGAAAGUAGUGAUAGUGAAGAUGAUAAAUUGAAAAAUGAUAAUGAAAGUUUCGUUUCAAGUUCAAUUGGUGAUUGUUUAAGAACAAACACUGCAGAAUUAAAUAAUUCUCAAUAA